ACCCUGUGUGGCACUGAUGAACUCGAAUGACAACCGUUUCGUCGUUGAGAUAGCGAUAGCCGUGACUUGAAUAUCGUCUUCUAUGCAACAAGUAGUGGUCUUGAAUGGGGUUUUAACUGAAGAUAUUCCGUUCCAGUAUUUUCACUCUAUAGCUACAGAGCACGUAUAGUAGCAGCCUAGUUAAGCAUUUAAAAAAUAAAUAAUUAGCAGGCAACUUUCUUCGUUUUCUAUGCGCUAUGAUGCUCGAGCCAAAAUUCACUGUCGUUGUGAUUCCCUGGUCUACCGUUUGACUUUCAACCCUUAAUGCAUUUUAGCACUGACAUUUUUGGGGAAGUAGUUAACCAUGAUGGUAAGACUGACCCUUCGCCUGGUCGCAACAUACGCUGUCUGCCUGUCCGUGUGUCUGGUUGCGUCAGUCUGGGGAGAUCCCUGCCUCAUCAUCAGUGAAGUCAACGCAGACAACCCCAAACUGGACACCACUGAGUUCGUUGAGCUCUACCACACCAGCGGCCAGAGGGCCUCACUGGAAGGCUACACCCUGGUGUUCUACAAUGGAAACGGAAACAUAGCCUACAAAGUAUUGGACCUGAAGGGCCACACCACAGACGACCGGGGCUUCUUCCUGGUUGGCUCGGUGGACAUGCAGCCAAAACCGGCCAUCCCCCUCCCACCCAACACCGUCCAGAAUGGCCCGGACGCCAUCGCGCUCUACCACACGUCUGCGGCACGCUACGGGGAGAAGAUGAACGCCACAGCCGUGGGGCUGGUGGAUGCCAUCGUGUACAUGACGCGGCGGUCCGGGGGCGCAGAGGUCCUGGCUGAGACGUUGACCCCAGGGGAGUCGGCUUUCGUGGAGGACGAGGGGGCCCACGAGGGGGAUGAGUCCAUCGAAAGGUGCCUGAUCUCUGGGGAAAGCUGGGGCUUCCAGGUGGACCUGCCAUCACCUGGCCAACGCAACCGCUGCAUCCCCCCUGAUCCCAGCACUGCCACCACGCGUAUCAGCGAGCUGAAGCUGGGAGGGGGGCAGGUGGACGGGUUUGUGGAGCUAAGCGAGUCCCAGGCUGCAGGGCCUCUGGUGCUGCUGGUGCUGGACGGGCGGACGGACAUGGUCAGCGAGAGUGUCGACGUGCACACCUCCAGGGAAGGCCUGAUCUCCAUCACCAUCGACAAGAACAACAUGAAAGGAGAUGAGUCGGGGGCAGUGGCGUUGUACAGUGGCAAGGCCUCGGACUUCCCUGUAGGCAGCCCCCUGAGCCAGACGCAGCCCCUAGACGCCUUUGUGUUCGCUGGACCAGGAAACCAACCCAGCGCCAACCUCACAGAGACCCUUAUACCAGGCAGACAGCCCUAUCAGCUCAGCGCCAGGUUUGGGGAAGGAGGCCUCUACCUCAGUCGCUGUGGUGUGGCCAGUUGGACCAGGGACCCUGGUGUAUUCUGGGAAGCGCCACAAACCCCCGGACAGCCCAACCAGUGCCCAUGGCCAAAGAUCUGCCCUCACGCCACUGUGGUCCCUGGAGGUACAGAAGUGCCCCCUCACCUCCCUCCCUGGGGUCGGGGAGACUUUCUAAUCAGCGAGGUAAAUGCUGACAACCCGGGCUCAGCCGAGGAUGGCGAGUUCAUCGAACUGUGGCACCCGUCGGGCCGCCGCGUCUCUCUGCAGGCCGUGUGGCUCCUCCUGUUCAGCGGACACAACAGCAAGCCCUACCGCGAGAUCAGCCUCACAGGCCACUUCACCACUGCCCAGGGCUACUUCCUGGUGGGCAGUGAUAGGCUGGUCCCAGCCCCCUCGAUCCGCCUGCCACCCAACACCAUCCAGAACGGACCGGACGCAGUGGCCCUGUACCGCAGCCCCUUCGGCCCGCCCUCUGCCUUUCAGACAGGGAUCCCCACCCAGGGGUUGCUAGACGCGGUGGUGUACCGACUGAGGGGCUCGGACAAGGACACCCAGGAGCUGAGCGAUGCGUUGACCCCAGGACAGCUCCCCCUGCUGGAGGACUCGGACGUGCAGCCAGGAGACGAGGCCUUGAGCCGCUGUAACGGCCUCCUGCCCGCCGACCAGUCUGCUUUCGUGGUGGCCCCACCCACACCUCUGAGGGAGAACUCUUGUCCCCGCCCACCCCCUCCCCCUGAGGGUGUGGUCAUCAGUGAGGUGGGCGGUGCUCGCUGGACCAACCACAGCCGGCAGAGGGGGUUUGUGGAGCUGCUAGGACCGCCCCUGACCUCCCUACAGGGCCUGGUCCUGACAGUGUUUGAAGAGAAUCGAACCGGUACGACCAUGGCCCUACCCCUGACCAGUUUCACCGACCACAACGGCUUCUACCUCAUCGGGAACGUCACCGGAGCAGACCAGGUGUUUCCCGAGGGGGCCACAAUUCCGGCCAAUGGAGCCGUAGUGCUGUGUUCUGACACAGUCACUGUGUGUAGAGCUGGUACCACCCUAACCAACAGCACUCUCCGAGACACCCUAGUGUUCAGUAAUGACCUGAGACUUCUCAUUAAACUCUCAGCCACCAGAGGGCAGCAGGUGAUGCCUGUACUCAGGUCAGUGGAGGAAGGUCCUGUGUCUCUCAGCCGUUGCUCCUGCUGUGAGGCGAGAAGCCCUUCCUCCUGGACCAGCUCCUCCCCCACCCCACGCUUGACCAACAUCUGCCCCAGCCCCGCCUUCUCCAGCGACAUCGACCUAUGCUUGGCACCCCUCUCCGGUGAUUGGCAGGAGCACCCAGGAAACUGCAGUGGGCUGGUGCAGAGUCACAGUGAGAUGGAUGUGGCUGGCUACCUGGAAGAAAGAUGUCACUGUGGCAUCUCUGCCCUCUACCUGCAGGUGGCCAACUUCUCCUGUGCUGCCGGGUGGCUGCGUGUGCAGGGAAACAUCCAGGCCCUGUCGGACCACCAGAGGGCCCUCAUCCUCCAGACCUCCCCCACCCAGGGGGACACCUGUAACGGCCCGGCUACUGACCGACGCAUGAGCACUGAGUCUGCCCUGGGCCUUCAUAUUGGCCUGGUGCUUGGAGCUCUACUGCUACUGGGACUGGGGGCAGCCCUCUUUACCUACCUCUACAAAAAGAGGCGACCACUGGACUAUUACUCCAUGGAGUUGAAUGAGCAUGGAGAGGGACUUUCUGAACUUUAAGUGUGUGUGUGUAUGUGUGUGUGUGUGUGCGUGCAUGUGAAGGAAGAUUCUUUAACGCUGGUGAGUGAAGGGAAGUUGUCCUGCCUGUCUUUUUUUCAGACAUUGUGUUCUUUUGUCUGUGUUUUUGAAUGGGGAUCUCCCACUAGAUAAGGGACCAGCACCAUUUUUGUAAAUGUGUACGAAUCGCCAUGCUUUUACAUUCCCUACAUCAUAAUUCCCAGUAAAUGUUGCACUAGUUUUACUACUAUGUCGUAAUCAUGGUUUCACUGUCUCGUGCCUACAUUUUUUCUUCUUCUUCAUAUUCUCUUUUUAUUAAAUCUAUCUGAAAGUGUAUGAAGUAACAAGACUACAAAUCUAAAAAGCAAUCAUGAGUCACCGGUACUGAAAGUUCUGUUGAUUUGUUUGGUUAAAAUGUGAAUGCUUGUGAUGAACCAGUGAUUACAGUCUGUAACCAUCUUCUUUUUUUUUCUUUUUUUUUUACAUUUGGCAGAAUAUAUGUUAUUUACAUUCUAUUAGUUGAGGAAUAGAAAAGGAAUAUGAAAGACCAUAUGGAGUCUCUCCUCUCCUGGAGCUAUGGAGUACUUUAUAAGCACAAAGCUAUUUUAUGAUACCACCCCCCACAAAACUGUUAGCAAUGAGGAUUUAAUAAGAAUAGUAUUUUCAUUAUUGGAAAAAUUGGUCUGUAUUAAUUUGAAACCGUUUGUAUUCUAGCUGGCUUGCAAACUGCUAUUGUGCCUUUUUACUUUUAUAUGGGUCAAAAAGGCCUGAUCUGAUGAGUAUUUUGUAGAGAAGAACUAUAGCAAUGUCUGUGAGAGCCUUGUGUGUACAUUUGUUUUAAAUGUUCUCAGGGGGAACUGAACUGUAGAAGCAACCAUAAAUACAACCAAUCACAUUAAAAAGGGUAUUUACUGUUAAAGACAAAUGGAAGUAAAUAUAGGUUUGCCGAAAUGUUCAUGAUCAAAUUCAGAGCAAAAACCAGGCUGUCCCUUUUUGUAAUCAAUUCUAUUAUUUUCAAUCUGCUGGAAGCACAUUAACUUUGAUCAGCUCCUUGCCAUGGAAUAGCGUAAGACAGUGGUUUUCGACGAUUUUCAAGGACUGCCCUAUACAACACAAUCACUCCAGUUCUUUAAAGUUUAGUGGUCAUAGCACAGCCUUGUUUUUGCCCUGGAUUUGCUCUUUAUAAAAUAAUAGAACCGUUUGUGGCUUUGCUAUCAAAAUAAUUGUUAAACUGCUUUGAAAUGUCUCAUUGUUUUGUUUUUAUGGCCAAAUGUAUCUAGAUCAAUACUUAAUGUAAAGGGAAUUUGAAGAAUGUGUCAUUUUAUUGCUCUUUUUAAACCUCUUAAUCGUGUUAGUACAUUUCAAUUGAAUGCACUUUGGUAGAUCUAUUUUUUCAUGCCAUGUAGCUAAGUUUGUAUUCAAAUAAAUUGAUAUUUCUUUAGAUGUAUGAA